CAGCCCGGCCCGGCCCGGCCCACAGCUUCGGAACCGCCCGCCCAGCAGCAGCUCCCUCCAGCCUGGCUGAAGGAUGGAGUCCCUCCCUGAGGCAGUGCUGAUCCGAAUCCUGGCCUCCAUCCCUGCAGUGGAUUUGGUGCUGGCGUGUCGUCUGGUCUGCUGCCAGUGGAAGAACCUGAUUGAUGGAGCUGCUCUCUGGGUCCUCAAGUGUCAGCAGGAAGGGCUGGCUGGAGCAGAGGCAGAGGAGGAUGCAGAGAACUGGCAAAACUUCUACUUCCUGAGCAAGAAAAGGAGGAAUCUCAUCCGGAACCCCUGUGGUGAAGAAGACUUCCAGCACUGGGGAGAGGUGGAGAAUGGAGGUGAUGGCUGGAAAAUUGAAGAGCUUCCUGGGGACUUUGGAGAAGAAUUCCCUAGUGAAGAAGUCCACAAAUACUUCGUUACAUCUUAUGAGUGGUGUCGAAAGGCUCAGGUCAUUGACCUGAGGGCUGAAGGCUACUGGGAGGAGCUGAUGGAUACAACCCAGCCUAAAGUUGUGGUAAAAGACUGGUAUGCAGGACGCAGGGAUGCUGGGUGCCUCUAUGAGCUCUGGGUGAAGCUGCUCUCAGAGAAUGAGGAUGUUCUGGCUGAGUACAAAAGUGAGACCAUUACCAUCCCCCAGGACAACGAUGGCAGCUGGACAGAGAUCUCCCACACCUUUUCCAAUUACGGGCCCGGGGUCCGCUUCGUCCGCUUCGAGCACGGGGGCCAGGACAGCCUCUUCUGGAAGGGCUGGUAUGGUGUCCGUGUCACCAACAGCACGGUGACAGUGGAGCCUUAGCCCUGCAUGCUGGAGCUGACUUCCCUCAGGGCAUCCCGUGGCCUUGGGAUGGUUUCUGCAUGGUGCUGCUUCGGGGGCUGUAGAGCAUCCAACCUUCCUGCAUCCCAACGUGUGUGCCAGGGGCCACAAGCCACCUUUCCUCAGGAGGACUCUGCAGAGAAGGUGACAGAUUUGUGAGUGCACCCCAGGAGACCUCUGCCUUGCUGCUUGCAGGGGUGUUAACCCCACGGACAUGAGAUCACCUCCAAAUCCUGCAGCCCCUACUCCUCUCCUGAGCUGCCGAGCCCUCAGCCCCAGCUGGAACACUCCCCCUGCCUGUUUCCUGGCUUGGGCACCCCUCAACCUUAAGGGCUACAUUGGGCAUAUUUUCUGGAAGUUCAAGAGUGGGAGAAAAGGAAGAAAGAAAAGCAGAGACUUUGUCUGAGCAGACAAGGAAACCCAGAGCCCUGUCCCAUUCUUGUCACUGCUUCCAUGACCUGCAGCCAGGACCUUGGCUUCUCCCACUUAUAAACCACAGAAAUCCUUGGUUGCCCCACAGGAGCUUGAGCUUGGCCACCAAGUGCUUUUCUGAUCCUCAGUGUAAUCUGUAGUGAUGAUGAUGAUGCAAAGCAGUAGGAAUUGGCUCCUUGUCCCUAACACUGUUCCCAGCAUCCAUUUAUUGAGAAUUGAUUUGAUAUUGGGAACCAAAACCUCUCUGGGGCUUCAUUUGGCUUCCUCAGACAGACAGCAAUGGCCUGGAAUUGCUGCUAGAGAGAGGAGGAGGACUUGGGGAAAGGGGUUAGGAGGAAACUGGGGAGGGGGCCCAGGAACAAGUGGAAACAAAUGGAAACAAAGCCCCUUCCUGCCCUCCCCAUCCUUCAGUGCAAGCAGCCCCUGCUCAGGCUCUGUGCAGGCAGGAGAAAUUCUUCACACAGAAAGCUGGUGACAUCCCCACUGGAGCUUGGGCCUCCCUGCCCCCUGACAGGGUGUGCAAAAAGCUCACAUCUGCCCCACUCCAUCCCCCUGACAGCCAGAACUCUGCAUGUGCUCCCAUGGGUGCCUCUUGGGACCACUCAGGGCUGGGAGCCACCAUCCUGAACAGACCCUGAAGCUUCCCUGAGCCUGUCCCCACUGCUCAGUCCCCUUGGAAAAGCAUCUCCCUUACAGAGCUGGUGUUGCACAGAGAUUUUGGGGCCCCUCUGUCUCUCUGGGCUGCCAGCACACAGAUACUUGAAUGCCACUUUGCAUCAAAGUGCACCAUCACAAGUGCAGUGUACUGCUACUACCUGUGUACUACUACGUUACUACUACCUGUAGCCAAAGGAGAAAGCUGCUGAGCUGCUCACUUUGUGCACAUUUUGCUUCAUUGGGCUUUCUGCACCACUGCACCUGGGUGCCUGGGACACACUGGCCUCCCAACCACAGC